AUGCUGACUGGACUGAUGUACCAUCGCCCUGAGGACCCCGUAGGCUUCCUGGAGAACUGCCUGCAGAAGGUGCGCGAGCUUGGAGGGCCUGAAUGUGUGUCCUGGGACACCUUUAUGUCCCCUGAGCGAAAGCCACUACCCCCAAUAAGCAUGGGACAUGGGAAGAAAGCUAGCUGCAAAUUGGGUAGGUUGACCUGAUUGAUAACAAAAUAAAUGUAAUUUCUAUCCCAUAGUAAUUGAUUUCCAUUCUCUGAAUCUGAGCGGUACAAUUACCUCAAUUCCCUAGUUGUUAUUCUUAGAGUAAAUACUAGGGCUGUCAAACAAUUAAAAAGUAUAGUUAAUCGUAUGGUUUUCUGUGUGAUUAACUGGAUAUUUUUGUUGUUGUUUAAAUUGUAAAAAUUUAACCCACAUUUUUUUUAACUCACAUUGGGGCCAAGGUAUAAUGGGUCCAUACUUGCGAACUUAAGCAACCAUAUCAAUUUAAAACAGGUUUUUCGGCACGAAAUUCAUAUCAGCCAAUUAAAAUAGUCGAUUUACUUGCAUGUGACAGAAAGCUAAAUUGUGUAGCUGACAGAAAGCUAAAUUGUAGCUGGUGCCAUCAGAUAACAUGGCACAUGUUAGCCCUAUGCUAACCUCAACAGGUGGCACUGAUUUUAUCCUGGCAUAAAGUCUUCAUCAGCCUAUCAAAUAUCUUAGACUUCAUAUCCACCAACCAAUGGCAUUUUUUAAAAUAGGUGAACCUUGGCUUACUAGAGGGAUAUUUUAAACCUACAAAUACAAGGUUUACUUUUGUUCCGUUGGUCUGUAACAAAAUGUUGUGUGCCAAUAUUGCAUUGAUUCAUCAAACAUUUUAAUGUUUUGGCACAAAAUCCCACAUUUUUGUUUAUCUGUUUCACACACAUCCAUAUGCUUUUAUGAAGAAGAGAAAAAUGAGGUCCUUACAACAUUUAUCAUAUAUAAAAACAAAAAUAAAAACCUAAUGUUUUUGUCAAAUAGCAGUCAUGUAGGCUAUAGUUAUCAUAAUUGCUUCUAGGUGGCACACACUGCUAAAGCGGUUGACUCAAAAUCAGUAGUGCACUUUAACUGUGGGUUCGAGCCACCCUCAUGUUAAGCUUUUUUUGUUGUUGAGGAAAGAACUGUUCACUACCGGUCCUUGAUGCUCGAUUCAAAACACGUGUCGAAGUGGAUGAUUAUAAUAAUGCAUAGCUUAUAAAACGUUGUAGGCCUACAUGUAAGUGUAGCCUACAUAACAAUAAACUAAUGACAGCCAAGUGUCUUCCUACAUUGACUGUCGAUUUAAAAUACUUAUUUAAAAUAACUGUGAUACUGCAAUCUGUAGGAUGAUAAUUACAAUCAUACUGUACACUUUGUAAUGCUCGUCCUUCUUGAGUCAAAUAAUGCAUAUGUGACAAAAAGAAGCUUAUUCUAAAAUUGCAUAUAAAAUGUUGUAGGCCUACAUUUAGGUGUACACGUCCAUGUAAUAUAGCCUCUGCAAUAUGAUUAUUGGGCAAUAGCAGUGUGUUAUGUGAAAGGCACAAGAAAGAGGUAGCUCCUUAUAAAAUUAAUUCAUAAUCUUCAUUUUCAAGCUGUUGGCUGUAGGAGUACCAUUUCAACACACUAACACAUGUAAAUCUAAAUUUCAAAGGGGGGGGGGGGUCUCAUGUGAGAUUCGAACCCUUGCCACAAUAUGCGACAAUUACGUGGACUAGGCACUUUACACAGAGAGCAAUUUGACCAGUCAGUCAAAUACACAUGAUAGUUGAUUUGAUGAUCAGAACAUGCUGUUCUACAGGUAGAAUACAAAACCAUUUGACAUAAACAGUUGCACUCAUGAGUUUUAUUGCCAAAUAAAUAAAGGUCCACCAAAGCAAAAACCUGAUAAAAAAUGAAUUUAUAUGAAUGCUGUAAGUACAGAAAUAGUUUGCUCAGUGGGAAAUAAUAUCCAACCAGUCAGUGACAACCGUGUGGAGAUUGGAGUUUGUGACAGCAACUAUGUGAAUAUUAUUACAGUUAUGUGAGCUAUUAAUAGUUUGUAGCUCAAACCAUUUGGACUCUACAGCCAUUUCUGUAAAAAGACCCGGGCCCCGGGCCCCUUCGGGAUCCGCACCUGUCUAACAAACACAGCUAUAGCGCCGCCCCGAUAAUCACUAAUGGUUGCUACCAACGGAUGCAGAAGAAAUAGAAUAAUCCAAUGGUACAAUCCACUGAACAAAAAUAUAAACGCAACACGUAAAGUGUUGGUCCCAUGUUUCGUUAGCCUAAAUAAAAUAUCCCAGAAAUUUGACAUAUGCACAAAAAGUUUACAGUGGGGAAAAAAAGUAUUUAGUCAGCCACCAAUUGUGCAAGUUAUCCCACUUAAAAAGAUGAGAGAGGCCUGUAAAUUUCAUCAUAGGUACACGUCAACUAUGACAGACAAAAUGAGAAAAAAAAAUCCAGAAAAUCACAUUGUAGGAUUUUUUAUGAAUUUAUUUGCAAAUUAUGGUGGAAAAUAAGUAUUUGGUCAAUAACAAAAGUUUCUCAAUACUUUGUUAUAUACCCUUUGUUGGCAAUGACACAGGUCAAAUGUUUUCUGUAAGUCUUCACAAGGUUUUCAUACACUGUUGCUGGUAUUUUGGCCCAUUCCUCCAUGCAGAUCUCCUCUAGAGCAGUGAUGUUUUGGGGCUGUCGCUGGGCAACACGGACUUUCAACUCCCUCCAAAGAUUUUCUAUGGGGUUGAGAUCUGGAGACUGGCUAGGCCACUCCAGGACCUUGAAAUGCUUCUUACGAAGCCACUCCUUCGUUGCCCGGGCGGUGUGUUUGGGAUCAUUGUCAUGCUGAAAGACCCAGCCACGUUUCAUCUUCAAUGCCCUUGCUGAUGGAAGGAGGUUUUCACUCAAAAGCUCACGAUACAUGGCCCCAUUCAUUCUUUCCUUUACACGAAUCAGUCGUCCUGGUCCCUUUGCAGAAAAACAGCCCCAAAGCAUGAUGUUUCCACCCCCAUGCUUCACAGUAGGUAUGGUGUUCUUUGGAUGCAACUCAGCAUUCUUUGUCCUCCAAACACGACGAGUUGAGUUUUUACCAAAAAGUUCUAUUUUGGUUUCAUAUGACAUUCUCCCAAUCCUCUUCUGGAUCAUCCAAAUGCACUCUAGCAAACUUCAGACGGGCCUGGACAUGUACUGGCUUAAGCAGGGGGACACGUCUGGCACUGUAUGAUUUGAGUCCCUGGCGGCGUAGUGUGUUACUGAUGGUAGGCUUUGUUACUUUGGUCCCAGCUCUCUGCAGGUCAUUCACUAGGUCCCCCCGUGUGGUUCUGGGAUUUUUGCUCACCGUUCUUGUGAUCAUUUUGACCCCACGGGGUGAGAUCCUGCGUGGAGCCCCAGAUCGAGGGAGAUUAUCAGUGGUCUUGUAUGUCUUCCAUUUCCUAAUAUUUGCUCCCACAGUUGAUUUCUUCAAACCAAGCUGCUUACCUAUUGCAGAUUCAGUCUUCCCAGCCUGGUGCAGGUCUACAAUUUUGUUUCUGGUGUCCUUUGACAGCUCUUUGGUCUUGGCCAUAGUGGAGUUUGGAGUGUGACUGUUUGAGGUUGUGGACAGGUGUCUUUUAUACUGAUAACAAGUUCAAACAGGUGCCAUUAAUACCGGUAACAAGUGGAGGACAGAAGAGCCUCUUAAAGAAGAAGUUACAGGUCUGUGAGAGCCAGAAAUCUUGCUUGUUUGUAGGUGACCAAAUACUUAUUUUCCACCAUAAUUUGCAAAUAAAUUCAUUAAAAAUCCUACAAUGUGAUUUUCUGGAAUUUGUUUUCUCAAUUUGUCUGUCAUAGUUGACGUGUACCUAUGAUGAAAAUUACAGGCCUCUCUCAUCUUUUUAAGUGGGAGAACUUGCACAAUUGGUGGCUGACUAAAUACUUUUUUUCCCCACUGUAUUUCUCUCAACUUUUGUGCACACAUUUGUUUACAUCCCUGUUAAUGAGCAUUUCUCCUUUGCCAAGAUAAUCAAAUCACAUUUAUUUAUAAAGCCUUUUUACAUCAGCAGAUGUCACAAAGUGCUUAUACAGAAACCCAGCCUAAAACCCCAAACAGCAAGCAAUGCAGUUGUAGAAGCAUGGUGACUAGGAAAAACUCCCUAGAAAGGCAGGAACCUAGGAAGAAACCUAGUGAGGUACCAGGAUCUGAGGGGUGACCAGUCCUCUUCCGUCUCUGCCGGGUGGAGAUUACACGAUCAAACGUUCACAGAUGACCAGCAGGGACAAAUAAUAAUCACAGUGGUUGUAGAGGGUGCAACAGGUCAGAACCUCAGGAUUAAAUAUCAGUUGACUUUUCAUAGCCGAGGUUGAGAGAGCGAGAGAGAGAGAGCGCGAGAGAGAGUCGAAAACAGCAGGUCUGGGACAAAGUAGCACAUCCGGUGAACAGGUCAGGGUACCAUAGCCUCAAGCAGAACAGUUGAAACUGGAGCAGCAGCACGACCAGGUAGACUGGGGACGGGGACAGCCAGGAGUCAUCAGACCAGGUACUCCAGUUCUGAGGCAUAGUCCUAGGGCUCAGGUCCUGCCAACACAUCCUUCUAUCUAAGUUACACGCUGAAGUUAUGUUGCGCUUUGUGACCUCUGACUGUUUCAUCCUAUCAUUGGUGCCGACGUGGAUAACAAUAUCCCUAUACCAUCUACACUCGCCAGUUUUAGCCUCAGCCAGCACCAUCUUCAGAUUAGCCUUUACGUCAGUAGCCCUGCCCCCUGGUAAACAAUGUAAUGUAUGAUCGCUGGAUGAUUCUUUUUAAGUCUAAUAUUGCAGGUAAUAGAGUCGCCAAUGACUAGGGUUUUCAAUUUGUCCGAGCUAAUGGUGCGAGACUUCGGCGGCUCAGACCCCGUAACUGGUGGAGAAAAGACCUGAGAAGGCUCGUGCUCUGACUCCGACUCGUUGCUUAGUGGGGAAAACCAGUUAAAAGUUUAUAUCGGCUGAAUGAGCGACAAUGGUUGAGCAUGCCGAAAGCAUUUCUUUCCAGAAGCCAUGAGAAAAUUGUCCAGCUGCAGGGACUGUGUAGGGGGAUUAACACUACUACCUGUAUUUACUGCUGGCACAGACACUGUAUCAUCCUUUCCUACACUUAAAUUGCCCUUGCCUAACGAUUGCAUCUGAACCCUAGCUUGCAACUUGGUUAUCCUCACAAUAAGGCGAUAGUUCUCCUGUACAGUAUAUUAAGAGUACAGCGACUGCAAUAAGAAGGCAUAAUGUUACUUAGCUUUUUUUUCAGCCGGAGGAGGUCCUGCAGAUCUAUGUACAGAUAAAGUGUCCAGGGUGAAAAAGUUGAAUAAAAAAAGUAGUGUGAGGACAAAACUAAGACCUUGGUAAACUUGUUAAAUACAGAGUUUGAUUAAAUAGUUAUUAAGAGUAAAAAGCGAAAAUGUUUGGCAGGUAGCCAAGUAGCAACAAACAGUAUGGAGACAAUGCGGUGUGGCAUAUCAAGAAGCUGAUUACACAGCAUGAUCAUUACAGAGGUGCACCUUGUGCGGGGGAAAAUAAAAGACCACCCUAAUAUGUGCAGUUUUGUUACACAACACAAUGCCACAAGUUCUGAGGGUGUGUGCAAUUGCCAUGCUGACUGCAGGAAUGUCCACCAGAGCUUUUGCAAGAUAAUUGAAUGUUCAUUUCUCUACCAUAAGCUGCCUCUAAUGUCGAAUUUGGCAGUACGUCCAACCGGCUUCACAACCGCAGGCCACAUGUAACCACGCCAGACCAGGACCUCUACAUCCGGCUUUUUCACCUGCGGGAUUGUCUGAGACCAGCCACCCGGACAGCUGAUGAAACUGUGGGUUUGCACAACCAAAGAAUUUCUGGAUAAACUGUCAGAAACCGUCUCAGGGAAGCUCAUCUGAGUGCUCGUCGUCCUCACCAGGGUCUUGACCUGACUGCAGUUUGAUGGCGACUGGCACGCUGGAGAAGUGUGCUCUUUACGGAUUAAUCCCGGUUUCAACUGUACCGAGCAGAUGGCAGACUUGCGGUCAAUGUUGUGAACAGAGUUCCCCAUGGUGGCGGUGGGGUUAUGGUAUGGGCAGGCAUAAGCUAUGGACAAUGAACACAAUUGCAUUUUAUCGAUGGCAAUUUUAAUGCACAGAGAUACCGUGACGAGAUCCUGAGGCCCAUUGUUGUGCCAUUCAUCUGCCGCCAUCACCUCAUGUUUGGGCAUGAUAAUGCAGAGCCCCAUGUCGCAAGGAUCUGUACACAAUUCCUGGAAGCUGAAAAUGUUCCUCCAUGGCCUGCAAACUCACCAGACAUGUCACCCAUUGAGCAUGUUUGGGAUGCUCUGGAUCGUCGUGUACGACAGCAUGUUUCAGUUUCCGCCAAUCAGCAACUUCGCACAGCCAUAGAAGAGUGGGACAACAUUUUACAGGUCACAAUCAACAGCCUGAUCAACUCUAUGCGAAGAAGAUGUGUCGCGCUGCAUGAGGCAAAAGAUGGUCACACCAGAUUCUGACUGGCUUUCUGAUCCACACCCCUACCUUUUUUUAAGGUAUCUGUGACCAACAGAUGCAUAUCUGUAUUCCCAGACAUGUGAAAUCUAUAGAUUAGGGCCUAAUUAAUUUAUUUCAAUUGACAUUUCCUUAUAUGAACUGUAACUCAGAAAAAUAUUUUAAAUUGUUGCAUCUUGCAUUUAUAUUAUUGUUCUGUGUAGAUCUAGCCUAGGCUACUUAUCCAUGUUGUUCAACAUGAACUCACAAGCUGUUACUACUAGAAUUGAGAUCAUUUGCUUAAAUCUUUUGACCUGAGAACUAAUAAAAAAAACAGUAGCUAAAUGGAAUGGAUGUCCUGUUCAGAUUAAAAUCAUUGUGGGAAAUUAGAUUUGAAUCAAAAGAGGCAUUCAGCCAUGGCAUUGUAAACAUUCUCGUUUGCGUUAGCAUAACUCAUUUAUGCUGUUAUCUAAAGAAACGGCUGGGAAUGUGUUUAUGGUUGAACUUUCUGUAAGAUUUCCUUCGAAAUUGUUGCUCAAAGCUGCAUGGAUGUUUAAGCACCAAGAGAGACAGACACCUAUACAGCAGCUGCUAGCUGCCAAGACCGAGAGUAGGGACAUCAAAGGUUCAGGCUGCUGCACAGUUACUAUGGAAGCUCUAGUCUAGAGCACACAGUUAUCAUUAUUGUAAAAAAAAAACUGUGAGCGUGCUUCCUUUACUAAAUAAAAAUAUUGAAUUAUUUGGUCAUAUUGAAUUAUUUUAUAUUACGCCAAUUUCCCCUAUGUGGACAGUAUGUGUUACUACGUUACACAAGCUCGAAUUUUCACCGCAUAAAAUUGAGUGGAAUUACACAUCCUUUUUGCUUCAGAUUGGUGAUGUUAAUAUACACAUUUACAGUCAUCACAAAUACAUUAAAUCGAUUGCUUUAAACAGAUUCAUAUAUUUGGUUUGGUACCUUUUGAUUUUGUUAUACGCGCCUGUCCAUCACAGGACUUAGAACGCUGUUAUCAUUUUUUAACUCAAAUGGCACAGCACGCAUACACUUUAAACUUUAGCCCCCUGUUCUAUUGAUAAUAACUUGAUAUCAUUGGAAGUGAUUCACAAAAAUUGUCGUUACACUUCAAUCAAAAUGUGACACCUCAAAAUGUAGCUACGGUGCCUUCAGAAACUAUUCACACCCCUUGACUUUUUCCACAUUUUGUUGUGUUACAGCCUGAAUUUAAAAUGGAUUGAAUGUAAAAAAAAAAAAUGUCACUGGCCUACACACAAUACCCCAUAAUGUCAAAGUGGAAUUAUGUUUUUCAAAAUUUUUACUAAUGAAUGAGAAAUUAAAAGCUGAAAUGUCUUGAGUCAAUAAGAAUUCAACCCCUUUGUUAUACCAAGCCUAAAUAAGUUCAGGAGUAAAAAUGUGCUAAACAAGUCACAUAAUAAGUUGCAUGGACUCUCUGUGCAAUAAUAGUGUUUAAACAAUUUUGUUAUGACUACCUCUGAACCCCACACACACAAUUAUCCUCUGUCAUGCUUGAAUUUAACACAGAUUCAACCACAAUGAUCAGGGAAAUGUUCUAAUGCCUUGCGAAGAAGGGCACCUAUUAAAAAAUUAAGCAGACAUUGAAUAUCCCUUUGAGCAUGGUGAAGUUAUUAAUUAGACUUUGGAGGGUGUAUCAAUACACCCAGUCACUAAAAAGAUACAGGCGUCCUUCCCUAUUCAGUUGCUGGGAAGGGAGGAUAACACUCAGGGAUUUCACCAUGAGGCCAAUGGUGACUUCAAAACAGUUACAGAGUUUAAUGGCUGUGAUAGGAGAAAACUGAGGAUGGAUCAACAACAUUGUAGUUACUCCACAAUACUAACCUAAGUGUGAAAAGAAGGAAGCCUGUACAGAAUACAAAUAUUCCAAUACAUGCAGGUAGCUUAGUGGGUAAGAGCGUUGUGCCAGUAACCGAAAGGUUGCUGGUUCUAAUCCCCGAGCCGACUAGGUGAAAUAUCUGUCCAUGUGCCCUUGAGCAAGGCACUUAACCCUAAUUGCUCCUGUAAGUCGCUCUGGAUAAGAGCGUCUGCUAAAUGACCAAAAAUAAAAUAAUAAAUAAAUAAAUGUAUCCUGUUUGCGAUAAGGCACUAAAGUAAAACUGCACAGAAUGUGCCAAAGAAAUGAACUUUAUGUCCUGAAUACAAAGUGUUAUGUUUGGGCAAAUCCUACACAACACAUCACUGAGUAUGUUUACAUGCACAGUAAUAAUUUGAUGUUAAACUGAUUAUGGCAGUAGGCAGAGUAUGGCAUUAGUCAUGUAAACACCUUACUCUGCUUAUCUUAAGCACUUUGAAAUGCAUCCUCUGUCAGAAAUGUGCUAUAUAAAUAAAGUUUGAUUGAUUGAUAGGUGCAUCCCCCCUUGUGAUUAAAUGCUGGAAAAUUUCUAAAGGAUUCUAUUGUGUAAAAACAGAAUUUAGGUUGCCAUUAAGCAAAACGUUUUUUUCACAGUAAUCUAUGUAAAUGACAUUUACAACAGUUUUAAGGCCCAAAUCAUGUAGCCAUCACUUGCCUUCAGAAAGUAUUCCUACCCCUUGACUUAUUCCACAUUGUUGUUACAGACUGAAUUCAAAGUGGAUGGAUUAUUUAAAAAAGAAUAAUGGGCAAAUAUUUUACAAUCCAGGUGUGCAAAGCUCUUAGAGACUUACCCAAAAAGACGAAUAGCUGUAAUCGCUGACAAAGGUGCUUCUACAAAGUAUUGAUCAGGGGUGUGACUACUUAUGUAAAUUAGAUAUUUCUGUAUUUCCUUUUCAAUAAAUUUGCAAAAAUUUCUAAAAACAUGUUUUCACUUUGUCAUUAUGGGGUGUUGUGUGUAGGCCAGUGACGUAAAAUCUAUUUAAUCCAUUUUAAAUUCAGGCUGUAACACAACAACAUUUGGAAUAGGUCAAGGGGUAUGAAUACUUUCUGUAGGCACUGUAAUUGUAUGUAUGGGGUAAAGUUAUUCAAAAAUCAUGUUAAACACUAUGAUUGCACACAGAGUGAGUCCAUGCAACAUAUUAUGUGACUUGUUAAGCAAAUGUUUACUCCUGAACUUAUUUAGGCUUGCCAUAACAAGGGGUUGAAUACUUAUUGACUCAAGACAUUUCAGCUUUUCAUUUUGAAUUGAUUUGUGAAAAUGUUUAAAAACGUAAUUCCACUUUGACAUUAUGGGAUAUUGUGUGUGGGCCAGUGACAUACAAUCUAAAUGUAAUACAUUUAAAAUUAAUGCUGUUAAACCAUUAUGUGGAAAAAGUCAAGGGGUGUGAAUACUUUCUGAAGGAACUUUAUCAAUCAAAUCUAGCGGUUCAUUAAAUCUCCUUAUUGACAAAGAUUUAACUGUUUUUUAAUCUCAGUCAAAACAUUUAUCCUAUCACCUUGUUUGGCAUUGUAGCCUGGAGUCUGACUUGCAGAAUGAAAAAAAAAGAAGAGUUUUAAUAGUAAUGAGCUAGCUUUUUUUUUUUUUCACUGCCUGAAGAUGCAAAAAGGACUGUUAACAUGAGUUUAGCUAACCGUUUAAGCUUGUAUUUAGGAAUGUAUAUAUGAUGCCCGGGGUGAAACUCUGUGGAUUUGGAAACUAGAGGUGCUCCUGAGUAAAAUGGACCCUCUUUUACUGCGACACAAUGUACAGAAAAUUGUGUACGGUGCAAUAUGUACGCCCAAUAUUACCAAAAAGGGUGCCGCUGUAAAUUACAUGCAUCUUACACUACAUAAAUGUGUUAAAUAUAAUCUAUAACCGUAUGUCAUGCUUUAUAAAGGGUUCAUAAAUGUGGCAUGACUGCCCACUUGUGGUGCCACUGGACAGUGAAAAACAAGUAAGUUAACCUUUAUUUAUUGUAAUUUAAAUUAGUUUGUAGUAGUUAAGUGUUGAGUUAGAUUACAUACUGUAGCUACCUCAAUCGUUAUUUCAAAAUGUUGCUAGCCAUAGGCUCAGCUAAAUAAAAAUCCAGCCAUGUCUCAGUCACAUCAUGAGAUUUGUAAAUGAAAGAGGAAUAUAAUAAUAUAAAUCAAAUGGAGUUUGCCAUCUCCCCAUUGAGAGUAUUUCUGGCACAGCACAGAAAUGUCCUUAUCCAGAUAGUGAGACAAAGGCAUUUCCUAACAAACCUGCUAACUUUCUUUGUUGUAACUUUUAAGGUUGGAACCAACAUGCAGUACCUCCAGCAGGCAGAGAGGCAUGAACCAUUCAUUCUGCCAGCUCAGGAACAAGCUACACUAUUCACAGCCAUGUGUAAUAUUCAAUGUAAUUGCAUUGCUGGACUUCUUGAAACGUAACAUAUUUGUAUUGUUUUAAAAAUGUACAAAUAAAAGGAAAUGUAUGGUUUAAAUGUUUAUUUGAUACAAAGCCUUUAUGUAUGUGUUAUAGAUGACCAAAGGGAUCUGACUUUAAAGUAAGUACAGCGUCAUGCGAUAUAGUGUCUUUAUGGAUGUGUUAUGAAUGACCAAAGGUGUCUCACUUCAAACUAAGUAUUACAGGACACUACAUAAAGUGUCAAUAAAUAAUUGAUUAAUGUUCUGCUGAUUUAUGAAGGUGUUGGGUGUGAGGUAUUUAAAUGAUCUGAUGGACCUGCAAAGCUUGUGUGUGUGUGUGUGUGUGUGUGUGUAGUCCAACCUGAGACUACCGCACCAGUUAUUCCUCUUCUGUUCCAAUGCUGGAGACCAGGGCUUGAUUACAACCUGUUACAAUGAUGCCAACAUUCUGUGGCUGAUCUUUCAGCGGGGGAGUGGGUGAAUGUGUCAAAGACCUGACUGGGGCCAGCACCGUACAGUAUGGCUCGUUACAUUGUUGUGUGGGGGUAUGUGUUCUGAGGAACUUGGUUCCAGAAGAAAGCCACUUUCCAUUUCCUAUAUUGGGGGCUUUCAUCAAGGUAAGUGUUUCUUGGUGUAACGUCGUCCCCUGGCUAUUGCGCACACAACGCACACAACGCAUACAGCAUAAGCCUGGGAUAUCAACUAUUCAAAGUUGGCCUUAGUGGGAGUGACCAUAGCAAAAACAUUCCCCCUGGUCGUCACUAGUUAACACAGUCACAAAGUCAUAAUUAUGGCUACAACACUGCCCAUUUCCAAAAAUUAUCUUCUUAAAAUGUGUUUUUAAACCUAUCCCUAACUAAUGAAGGCCAAGUUUGAUGUGUUGGUCCACCAGAUCUUCCAUGCAUUUGGGUGAAAGUGUCUAGGAGUGAGAUUAGGUGUAAUGUGACUAACAUGAUUUCGCCUUAGAGCGUAUGCCAUCCUUCAGCACAACAUGUCACCCUUUAUAAAGCACUAAUUUACACUACAAGUCAAAAGUUUGGACACACCUACUCAUUCAAGUUUUAUUUUUUAUUUUUACUAUUUUCUAUAUUGUAGAAUAAUAGUGAAGACAUCAAAACUAUGAAAUAACACAUAUGGAAUCAUGUAGUAAGAAGUGUUAAACAAAUCAAAAUAUUUUAUAUUUGAGAUUCUUCAAAUAGCCACCCUUUGCCUUGAUGACAGCUUUGCACACUCCUGGCAUUCUCUCAACCAGCUUCAAUUAACAGGUGUGUCUUCUUAAAAGUUAAUUUGUGGAAUUUUGAGCCAAUCAGUUGUGUUGUGACAAGGUAAGGGGGUAUACAGAAGAUGGCCCUACUUGGUAAAAGACCAAGUCCAUAUUAUGGCAAGAACAGCUCAAAUAAGCAAAGAGAUACGACAGUCCAUCAUUACUUUAAGACAUGAAGGUCAGUCAAAUAGGAAAAUUCCAAGAACUAUGAAAGUUUCUUCAAGUGCAGUCGCAAAAACCAUCAAGCGCUAUGAUGAAGCUGGCUCUCAUGAGGACCACCACAGGAAUGGAAGACCCAGAGUUACCUUUGCUGCAGAGGAUAAGUUCAUUAGAGUUACCAGCCUCAGAAAUUGCAGCCCAAAUAAAUGCUUCACAGAGUUCAAGUCACAGACACAUCUCAAUAUACACUGUUCAGAGGGGACUGUGUGAAUCAGGCCUUCAUGGUCAAUUGCUGCAAAGAAACCACUACUAAAGGACACCAAUAAGAAGAAGAGACCUGCUUGGGCCAAGAAACACGAGCGAUGGACAUUAGACCAGAGGAAAUUUGUAUUUUGGUCUGGAGUCCAAAUUGGAGAUUUUUGGUUCCAACCUCCGUGUCCUUGUGAGACGCGGUGUGGGUGAACGGAUGAUCUCCGCAUGUGUACUUCCCACCGUAAAGCAUGGAGGAGGUGGUGUUAUCGUGUGGGGGUGCUUUGCUGUUGACACUGUCCGUGAUUUAUUUAGAAUUCAAGGCACACUUAGCCAGCAUGGCUACCACAGCAUUCUGCAGUGAUACACCAUCCCAUCUGUUUUGGGCUUAGUGGGACUAUCAUUUGUUUUUCAACAGGACAAUGACCCAACACACCUCCAGGCGGUGUAAGGGCUAUUUUACCAAGAUGGAGAGUGAUGGAGUCACUGCAUCAGAUGACCUGGCCUCCAGAAUUGAGAUGGUUUGGGAUGAGUCGGACGGCAGAGUGAAGGAAAAGCAGCCAACAAGUGCUCAGCACAUGUGGUAACUCCUUCAAGAGUGUUGGAAAAGCAUUCCAGGUGAAGCUGGUUGAGAGAAUGCCAAGAGUGUGAAAAGCUGUCAUCAAGGCAAAGGGUGGCUACUUUGAAGAAUCUAAAAUCUUAAAUAUAUUUUAAUUUGUUUAACACUUUUUUGGUUACUACAUGAUUCCAUAUGUGUUAUUUCAUAGUGUUGAUGUCUUCACUAAUAUUCUACAAUGUAGAAAAUAGUAAAAUUAAAGAAAAACCCUUGAAUGAGUAGGUGUCCAAACUUUUGACUGGUACUGUAUAUCAUAUUCAACAGUGGGUUAUGUCACAUUUGACCUUGGUGAUUAUGUCACACAGCAAUGGCACAUUUAUAAACCCUUUAUAAAGCAUGACAUGCGGUUAUAGAUACUUUAACACAUUUAUAUAGUGCUUAUGAAGGCAUUAUGAAGGCUUUAAGAAGCCUUUAUAAGCUGAACGUCAUUUAAAGCGUCACCAACUUUUACGUUUCUCUGUAGAAAAUAUACAUGAUAGUAACAACUUUGUGUGGGCUUACAGUAUUUCAGGCGAAGUGAGGGCUGCCCUUGGGGCCACCUGCCUUGGGUCCAAUGUGGUGCCGAUGAUCCCACAACCUUCCAAUGUUGGGCCCACAUCCUACCAAUGUGGGCAAGUUUGCUGGGGAAAAAUUGGCUUAUUUCAGGCAAAGUGAGGGCUGCCCUCACUAGAUAUGGGCUGCUCAAACUGGGUCAAUGCCUUGCAUGCCAAUGUGGAGCCAAUGAGCAAAGGCGCAUUGGCCCAAUGUGGGCAGCCUAUGUGGGGACAAUAUUUUAGCCCACAUUGGGCCCACAUCAUGCCAGUGUGAACAUGUUUGCUGGGGAGUUUCAAACAAGGGACUACUAUGGUUGCUUUGUUUGACAGUUAUUUGACGUUCCUUUGACUUCUUUGUGGCAGACACCAGACCUGUACCCGGACCCGGUCCCGGACCUUACCGUCGGUAUGACCGCCUCACUCCCAUUCAGGCCCAGUUCUCCAUCGAGAGCGACUCAGAUAUGACUGAGUCCACUGGACUUAUUCAGGAGUAUGACGUUUUUGACCCCUCUAAGCCCCGACCUCACAUAAUUUUUGUCAUUGGUAAGCUUGUGGCAACAAAGAAAAAUAGUAAUGAUUCACCUUUUGGUUCCCUGUAUUGUGUAAGCAUAAAAAUAACUUUUUAACAUGUAUUUUUGUCUAGGGGGACCAGGAAGCGGAAAGGGCACCCAAACUGCCAAAAUUGCAAGCCAUUAUCGUUUUGAGUGUGUGUCUGUGGGAGAGAUCCUGCGGAACCAGCUCCUGCACCAUGCCUCUAGUGACAGAAAGUGGGAGCUCAUCGCUAAGAUCAUCGCCAACGGGGAACUGGCACCUCAGGUAGGAUGCCGGCUGUCACUACCUGGCCAAGCAGCAAAGACGGAAGUUCUACAAUUUCUCUUCUAAAAAUAUUAUUUUAAGACUAGCCCUAACGUUAACCUUAACCUAAAUACCUAACCCUAACCUACCUAACAUUUUCAAGACUCAACUUUGCAGCAUGGCCAUAUUGUGGGAACCAAGGAUGCCAUUGUUAGAUAAUGUGUUCAGGUUCAAGGUGCCCUGUGGGAUUAUUUAAGAUACUCUUUGAAGAGAUAGGGUUUGAUUUGUUUUCAGGAAGAUGGGCAGGGACUCUGCUGUCCUAGCUUCAGGGAGUAGCUGGUUCCACCAUUGGGGUGCUUGGACUGGGCUGAGCGUUAGCUGCCCUCCCGUAGGAGUGGGAAGGCCAAGAGACCAGAGGUGGCAGAACGGAGUACUCUUGUUGGGGUGUAGGGUUUGAGCAGAGCCUGAAGUUAGGGAGGAGCAGUUCCUCUUGCUGCUCCGUAGGCAAGUACCAUGGUCUUGUAGUGCUCACUGUCUUUAUUCUUCAGGAGACGACAAUUGAGGAGCUGAAGCAGCAGUUCAUCAAGCAGCAAGGUGCCAAGGGUUUUAUUGUGGAUGGGUUCCCACGGGAGAUUGCCCAGGCAUUUACCUUUGAGGAGCAGGUGAAUGACAUCUACCCUAUUUCAUCCAUACUCUAAAAGUUUUGGUUUAUCACCAGGGCAGCACCCUUUUUUGCUGCCAUGUAGAACCCUUUUAUGAAUGUUCAAUGUUGUCACUAAAGAUCCCAUGGCACUUAUCAUAAGAGUAGGGGUGUUUACGCCUGGUGUCCUGGCUAAAUUCCCAAUCUGGCCCUCAUACCAUCAUGGCCACCUAAUCAUCCUCAGUUUCCAGUUGGCUCAUUCAUCCCCCUCCUCUCCCCUGUAACUAUUCCCCAAGUCAUUGCUGUAAAUGAGAUUGUGUUCUCAGUCAAUGUACCUGGUAAAAAAAAGUAACAUUCAUGAGAUGGUUCUGAAUAGCACCAUAAAUAUUUUUCACUGUGUAAUAUAUCCUGGUAAUUGGUGAAUGAUAAGUAUGAUUAAGUUUAUCUCCUUUUGUAUUUAUUAUUGUAAUGCAACUACCUAACAACUCUCAACCUGAAUCAACAACCCAUUCAACCACCUUAAAUGGAGGAGUUAGUCAAAAACGUACACGUUCAUAUACUUGUAGACACUGACUGUAUUGGACUAGCCGUUUUUACUAACUGUUAGCAAUUGAACAGCUUGAUUAGUCACUCAGGCAUGCUGGUGACACAUUCCUUACUAAACCUAUGACAAACACUGGUCUAAUACCUAAGGCCUUAGGGCUCUAUUCAAUCCAUAUCGCGUUAGCUCAGCGUUACAGAGUGAUUUAAAUUUCAAGUCUAUGUCAUUUCAGAUUUAGAUAUGAUAAUUUAUCACAAAGUAGUUUGGAAGUAGUGAGCUACCUUUUCAAAGUAACUAUAUAUUUUUUAAUGGUAGCUUUAGUGUAGCUUAACUUCUUCCAGUGUGAAGUAAUUUGUAGCUUGGUAAACUAUAUUUUCAGAGUAGCUUCACCAACACUGUGUAUACACAUGUAUUAUCGAACACUGCAAAUUCUCCAGUGUUAAAUUAACACUGAAAGUGUGGACCCAUAUAGACACUGGAACAGUGUUAAAUUAACACACUGCUUGGUGUAAAGCCUUGUUUCCCAGAGUGCCUUGCCUUUCGAGGAAUUGUAGAGUUACCACCCAUGAAUGUAUUUGUUAGUGACACAGACAUGGUUGUUGCAUUCAUCCAUUUUCAGUCUUAUGGACGUCCUGAGCGAAUAUGUUGUCAUAAAAAUGUAAUAUUUUAACACAGUACAAUACGUAUUUCAUAAGGCCUUAUUUUGAGGGUCUACACUCUAAACAUAACAAUUAGCUCUGCAAGUGUUGAAUUAACACUCAUUGGUGUAAAAUAACCCCAGUGUUGCUGUUAAUAACCAGAGUUGAACAAAAACCACACCCAUCAUUAUCAUAUUUCCCAGCAUGCUCUAUUGUUUGUUUCAAAUCAAAUCAAAUCAAAUUUUAUUGGCCACAUGCGCCGAUUACAACAAGUGCAGACAUUACAGUGAAAUGCUUACUUACAGCCCUUAACCAACAGUGCAUUUAUUUUUAAUAAAAAAAGUAAAAUUAAACAACAAAAAAGUGUUGAGAAAAAAAGAGCAGAAGUAAAAUAAAAGAACAGUAGGGAGGCUAUAUAUACAGGGGGGUACCGGUGCAGAGUCAAUGUGCGGGGGCACCGGCUAGUUGAGGUAGUUGAAGUAAUAUGUACAUGUGGGUAGAGUUAAAGUGACUAUGCAUAAAUAAUUAACAGAGUAGCAGCAGCGUAAAAAGAUGGGGUGGGGGGUGGGGGUGGGGGUGGGGGUGGGGGGCAUUGCAAAUAGUCCGGGUAGCCAUGAUUAGCUGUUCAGGAGUCUUAUAGCUUGGGGGUAGAAGCUGUUGAGAAGUCUUUUGGACCUAGACUUGGAACUCCAGUACCGCUUGCCGUGCGGUAGCAGAGAGAACAGUCUAUGACUAGGGUGGCUGGAGUCUUUGACAAUUUUGAGGGCCUUCCUCUGACACCGCCUGGUAUAGAGGUCUUGGAUGGCAGGAAGCUUGGCCCCAGUGAUGUACUGGGCCGUACGCGCUACCCUCUGUAGUACCUUGCGGUCGGAGGCCAAGCAGUUGCCAUACCAGGCGGUGAUGCAACCAGUCAGGAUGCUCUCGAUGGUGCAGCUGUAUAAUUUUUUGAGGAUCUGAGGACCCAUGCCAAAUCUUUUCAGUCUCCUGAGGGGAAAUAGGCUUUGUCGUGCCCUCUUCACGACUGUUUUGGUGUGUUUGGACCAUGAUAGUUUGUUGGUGAUGUGGACACCAAGGAACUUGAAGCUCUCAACCUGUUCCACUACAGCCCUGUCGAUGAGAAUGGGGGCGUGCUCAGUCCUCUUUUUUUUUCUGUAGUCCACAAUCAUCUCCUUUGUCUUAGUCACGUUGAGGGAGAGGUUGUUAUCCUGGCACCACACGGCCAGGUCUCUGACCUCCUCCCUAUAGGCUGUCUCAUCGUUGUCAGUGAUCAGGCCUACCACUGUUGUGUCGUCGGCAAACUUAAUGAUGGUGUUGGAGUCGUACCUGGCCAUGCAGUCAUGGGUGAACAGGGAGUACAGGAGGGGACUGAGCACGCACCCCUGAGGGGCCCCUGUGUUGAGGAUCAGUGUGGCAGAUGUGUUGUUACCUACCCUUACCACCUGGGGGCGGCCCGUCAGGAAGUCCAGGAUCCAGUUGCAGAGGGAGGUGUUUAGUCCCAGGAUCCUUAGCUUAGUGAUGAGCUUUGAGGGCAAUAUGGUGUUGAAUGCUGAGCUGUAGUCAAUGAAUAGCAUUCUCACGUAGGUGUUCCUCUUGUCCAGGUGGGAAAGGGCAGUGUGGAGUGCAAUAGAAAUUGCAUCAUCUGUGGAUCUGUUGGGGCGGUAUGCAAAUUGGAGUGGGUCUAGGGUUUCUGGAAUAAUGUUGUUGAUGUGAGCCAUGACCAGCCUUUCAAAGCACUUCAUGGCUACAGACGUCAGUGCUACGGGUCGGUAGUAAUUUAGGCAGAUUAUCUUAGUGUCCUUGGGCACGGGGACUAUGGUGGUCUGCUUGAAACAUGUUGGUAUUACAGACUCAGUCAGGGACAUGUUGAAAAUGUCAGUGAAGACACUUGCCAGUUGGUCAGCACAUGCUCGGACUACACGUCCUGGUAAUCCGUCUGGCCCUGCGGCCUUGUGAAUGUUGACCUGCUUAAAAGUCUUACUCACAUCGGCUACGGAGAGCGUGAUCACAUAGUCAUCCGGAACAGCUGGUGCUCUCAUGCAUGCUUCAGUGUUGCUUGCCUCGAAGCGAGCAUAGAAGUGGUUUAGCUCGUCUGGAAGUAUUGUGUCACUGGGCAGCUCGUGGCUCUGCUUCUCUUUGUAGUCUGUAAUAGUUUCCAAUCCCUGCCACAUCCGACAAGCGUCAGAGCCGGUGUAGUACGAUUCAAUCUUAGUCCUGUAUUGACUCUUUGCCUGUUUGAUGGUUCGUCGGAGGGCAUAGUGGGAUUUCUUAUAAGCGUCCGGGUUAGAGUCCCGCUCCUUGAAAGCGGCAGCUCUACCCUUUAGCUCAGUGCGGAUGUUUCCUGUAAUCCAUGGCUUCUGGUUGGGGUAUGUACGUACGCUCACUGUGGGGACGACAUCAUCGAUGCACUUAUUGAUGAAGCCAGUGACUGAUGUGGUGUACUCCUCAAUGCUAUCUGAAGAAUCCCGGAACAUGUUCCAGUCUGUGCUAGAAAAACAGUCCUGUAGCUUAGCAUCUGCGUCAUCUGACCACUUUUUUAUUAACUGAGUCACUGGUGCUUCCUGCUUUAGUUUUUGCUCAUAAGCAGGAAUCAGGAGGAUAGAGUUAUGGUCAGAUUUGCCAAAUAGAGGGCGAGGGAGAGCUUUGUAUGCGUCUCUGUGUGUGGAGUAAAGGUGGUCUAGAGUUUUUUUUCCUCUGGUUGCACAUUUAAACAUGCUGGUAGAAAUUAGGUAGAACGGAUUUAAGUUUCCCUGCAUUAAAGUCCCCGGCCACUAGGAGAGCUGCCUCUGGGUGAACGUUUUCCUGUUGACUUAUGGCCUUAUACAGCUCAUUCAGUGCAAUCUUAAUGCCAGCAUUGGUUUGUGGUGGUAAAUAGACAGCUAUGAAAAAUAUAGAUGAAAACUCUCUUGGUAAAUAGUGUGGUCUACAGCUUAUCAUAAGAUACUCUACCUCAGGCGACCAAAACCUCGAGACUUCCUUAAUAUUUGAUUUUGUGCACCAGCUGUUGUUUACAAAUAUACACAGACCGCCAGCCCUUGUCUUACCGGAGUCAGCCGUUCUAUCCUGCCGAUGUAGCUUAUAGCCCGCUAGCUUUAUGUUGUCCAUGUCGUCAUUCAGCCACAACUCGGUGAAACAUAAGAUAUUACAGUUUUUAAUGCCCCGUUGGUAGGAUAACCAUAAUCUUAGGUCAUCCCAUUUAUUCUCAAAUGAUUGAUGGGAGAGGCAGUUUACUCGCUCGCCGUCGGAUCCUUACAAGGCACCCCGACCUACGUCCACGAUAUCUCCGUCUCUUUCUCAUGCUAAUGACAGGGAUUUGGGCCUUGUCGGGUGUCUGUAGGAUAUCCUUCGCGGCCGCCUCGUUGAAGACAAAAUCUUCGUCCAAUACGAGGUGAGUAAACACUGUCCUGAUAUCCAGAAGCUCUUUUUGGUUAUAAGAGACGAUGGCAGAAACAUUAUGUACAAAAUAAAUUACAAAUAACACGGAAAAACACACAUAAUAGUACAAUUGGUUAGAGGGCUGUAAAACGGCAGCCAUCAUCUCCGGCGCCACUAACAUAGACUUUCAAUAUCUAUGUUUUUGCAUGUACAUUGAUUGACUAAUUAAUCUUAUGCUUCUCAAAUAUAAAAUGACAUACAUUUUCUAAACUUAUCCAACAUGUUAUCUGGACUUAUUGCACCCAUUAAUGAAAUAGUUGUUCCAGUUUAGAUGCUUAAGGUAGUCUCAUAUUUCAGUCUUCCACAACCUGCCAGUUAUUCUAAAUGCAGGUUGAGGAUGAUAAAAAUGUCAGGUUGGAUAUUCCCACUAUGGCUGGAUUUCAAUAGGAAUUACAUAUCACUUUGCAAGUCAGCAUAAUGUGACAGGUUGCAUAGAUAACCCAAUGUGUUGGGUUGUUCGGAUUACCCAAACAUUGGUUAAUAUAAAAACAAAAUGUACAUCCAUAAAUUAUUUUCAGGAGGUGUGGCUUAUUAGGGGCUUGGCUUGUAUAAUAGUUAUUUUUGGACACCUGUGAGAGUAAAUGUUAAUCAUGUUAAGUUUGUACACUGCAAUGUAAAACUCACACUGGGGCAACCGUUAAAGAUAUUUGGAACUCACGGGUGAAAAGGUUAAAGAACUUCUACACUUCUGUAAGCUUUAUUAAAGCUAAAAACAUGUCGGAAUGACAUUUACUCUCACGGGUUGCCAAAAAUAUGCACAUCCAUCUAAUCAGGUGCACAACAGAAGAACGUAUCAGAGAAAAAAGUAAUCUUCGUCAGGUCAAGAUCCAACUCGGAUCAAAACGUUGUCCUUGUUGUUCGUCUGAUUAAAUCACUAUGGGAGCAUACCAGAGUUGCGGACAUUACGUUUUUCUCACAUAUCUCAAUAACCCUUCAACAACAAAUCAACCUUGCGCUUUUAAAAAAACAACCCGACUAAGUGAUCCAAUGCCUGCAACCCAGCAGUUGGGUCAUCCAAACAACCCAGUAUUUUUUUGUAUAAGCCCUCAAAAUAAGGCCUUAUGAAAUACAUAUUGUAUUGUGUUAAAUAAUUACAUUUUUAUGAUAACAUUGACUUAGGAUCUCAAUUGGUGAAGUCCAAGGUCUUAAAAGGAAUGAAUGCAACAAAAAUGUCUCUGUCACUAACAAAUUCAGUUAUGGGUGGUAACUCUACAAUUCACUUCAAAGGCAAGGCACUCUGGGAAAUAUGCAAAUAAAGCAUUACACUAAGCAGUGUGUUAAUUCAACACUGUUCAGUAUCUAUACGGGUCCACACUUUCAGUGUUAAGUUAACACUGGGGAAUUUGCUGUGAAGAUAAAUUUUUUGCACACGUAGAGUUUUGAGUGUAGUGGGCGAUUCUGUUAAAUAAUCCAAUGAAAUUCAAAUUGAAUUGAGUUGACGUUGAGUUCUGAGUGUUGUGUGUGUAGUGUUUUGAUCUCUUAUUACAGCAUUACAUUUUUUACUCAAUUUUUUGUAUUAUUCAUUAUAUUUACUAUAUCCCAACUCUCAUGCAUACAGAUUGGCUCGCCGGACCUAGUGAUUCUACUGGCCUGCUCCAAUCAGCAACUUCGCCAGCGUCUUGAGCAGAGAGCCGCUCAGCAGGGUCGCCCUGACGAUAACACCCACGCCAUCGAGAAACGCCUGGAAACGUUUAAGCACAACAUCCCUCCAAUAGCC